AUGCUGCUCACCGCCGCCGUUAUAUUCACUUAUUACACUAUCUGGGCCCUGAUACUGCCGCUACUGCCAGCGGACUCUACCUUCCACGACAGAUUUCCGUCACGGGAGUGGGCCGUCAAGCUCCCCGCUGUUAUUCUUCUCGUCGGUCUUACUGGCAUCGGAGGUCUCUUGGGAAUGGUUAUGAUGAAAGAAGCGCAGAAGAAGAGAGCCAAGAUAGGACUCAAGUCUGCGUAG